AUGUCAACUGCAUCAUGCCUUCUUCUUUUCUUUCUCUGCAUUUCAUUGCAUGCAUGCUAUGCUCGCCAUUUUAGCCCUCUCAAUAUGAAGCUCCAAGAGAAAUCACACUUCUCUAUCAAGAUUGAUGAGAAAAAUGGAUUUGAUUCCCGGCCAAAACAUCUUAACGAAGGUCUAAACAAGACGGAGGCUCGGUUGGUUGGUGAGUCUGAGAAGCCAAGAAACAGAAGAAGCACUAACCAUAGGGUGCACAAAGCAGUUAAAAAUGCUUCAGGUGCUUUAAAAAAGUCUCUUGUUUCAGUUUCUUGGCGUGUGCCUCACAACAAGAAACCUCGUCAGAAACACCCUGGUUUUGACUUGGACUAUUCACCACCGAAGACACACCCUCCUCAUCACAACUAA